ACCCAAAAAACUCCAUCAAAAACCUCUUCACAAACACAGAACAAGAGCUCUCACACUCGAAAAUGGUGGCGGCGAGUCCCGGCGGAGGCGGAGCUCCGGCGACGAGCCUGGCGGCGCAAAUCAUGACCGGAAGAUGGUUCAUGUUCUUCGCGAGUCUUCUCAUCAUGUCUACCGCAGGAGCAACGUACAUGUUCGGCCUGUACUCAAACGAGAUCAAACACACGUUGGGCUACGACCAAACAACGCUCAACCUCCUCAGUUUCUUCAAAGACCUCGGAGCCAACGUCGGUGUCUUGUCGGGUCUCAUCAACGAGGUCACCCCCCCGUGGGUCGUCCUCUCCAUCGGAGCGAUCCUCAAUUUCUUCGGCUACUUCAUGAUCUGGUUGGCCGUCACGAAGCGGAUCCCUAAACCGCACGUGUGGCACAUGUGUCUGUACAUUUGUGUCGGCGCGAAUUCUCAGUCUUUCGCCAACACGGGAGCUCUCGUCACGUGCGUCAAAAACUUCCCGGAGUCUAGGGGAGUUGUGUUGGGGAUUCUCAAGGGUUAUGUCGGCCUCAGCGGCGCCAUCAUCACCCAGCUUUACCAUGCUUUCUAUGGAGACGAUACCAAGUCUUUGAUCCUGUUGAUCGGUUGGUUACCAGCCGCAAUCUCCUUCGCGUUCUUGAGGACGAUAAGGAUAAUGAGAGUUGUCCGGCAACCGAACGAGCUGAAGGUGUUCUACAACUUCCUCUACAUAUCUCUAGGGCUCGCGACCUUCCUCAUGAUCGUCAUCAUCACCGACAAACUUUCCGGUUUUACUCGCAGCGAGUACGGAGGCAGUGCCGGCGUCGUAAUCUUGCUGCUUCUCUUACCGAUCAUUGUGGUUGUCAUCGAAGAACAGAGGCUCUGGAAGGAGAAACAAUCCGCCUUGAACGAUCCCUCGCCUCUCGAUAUCAUAACCGAGAAGCCCGCCGCCAUAGAUUCAGACACAAACAACAAGGACAACAGCAAGAACGAGGAUGUCUCUAACGAGGAGGAGAAGGAGGAGAAGGCGAAGUCGCGUUCGUGCUGGACGACGGUGUUUAGUCCUCCGGAUAGAGGAGAGGACUACACGAUCUUGCAAGCAUUGUUCAGCGUCGACAUGCUGAUCCUGUUCUUGGCCACGAUCUGCGGUGUCGGAGGGACGUUGACGGCUAUAGACAACCUCGGACAGAUCGGAGGCUCUCUCGGCUACCCUAAACGCAGCAUCAGCACGUUCGUAUCCCUCGUAAGCAUAUGGAACUACUUCGGUCGCGUGACUUCAGGAGUUGUGUCCGAAAUCUUCUUGAUCAAGUACAAGUUCCCACGGCCGCUACUCCUCACCAUCAUCCUCUUCAUAUCCUGCAUCGGUCACCUCCUCAUCGCCUUUAACGUUCCGGGCGGCCUCUACGUCGCCUCGGUGAUCAUCGGGUUCUGCUUCGGGGCGCAAUGGCCGCUCCUAUUCGCUAUAAUAUCCGAGAUCUUCGGGCUCAAAUACUACUCCACGUUGUAUAACUUCGGGUCCGUGGCGAGCCCGAUCGGAGCGUACCUGCUCAACGUUCGGGUUGCGGGCCAUUUGUACGACAAGGAGGCCGAGAAGCAAAUGCGAGCGUUGGGACUAAAACGGAGAGAGGGCGAGGACUUGACGUGCAACGGGACCGAAUGUUUCAAGCUUUCGUUCAUUAUAAUAACGGCCGUGACGCUGUUCGGAGUGUUGGUGUCGGCCGUUUUGGUGGCGAGGACGAAGAAAUUCUACAAGAGCGAUAUCUACAAGAAGUUCAGAGAGGAGGCGAAAGCCGCGGAGAUGGAGAUGGCAAUGGGGAAAAUAUCUCGUAGGGAAGAUUAAAAGUACAAUUCUAAUCAUUUUAUUUACGAAUUUACGAGCGGUGAAAUACUUUUGUAAGCAAAUUUUUCUACUGACCAAGUGGGGAAUUAGUUAUUGUCAAGCUCUUUGUAUUUUUUUUUUAAACAGGAAAAUGCAAUAUGAUAGCAUUAUACACGUAUCUAGGAAAAUCUUUUCUAA